AGAGCGAUCCCGCGGCUUUGGUAGUGUGGGCUCUGAGUGGCGUCCGCUCCCUGCCCCGGCCGCAUUCCCUUCACCCAUGCCUAAGCCGCCCCCCUACUCCCGGGCGUGUGCUGUAUCCCGAGCAGCAGCUCCCCGGUCCCGUGGGUGCCCGCGCCAGCGCUCCCGCACCCGCACGGCGCCUGCACCCUGGCGGGGCAGGCUGGGAGCUGUAGUCAGGGUUUGCCCGCGCAGCCUCUCGUCCCCCUGGCCCCUGGCCCCGGCUUUCACCGCUCUGCCCAACCCCGAGAGCCGGCGCACUGUCCCGUCCAGCCCGGCCCUUAGCGCCAUCCUCGCCUUCGUUUCCCCGCUUCCCUCUUCCCGCCCCCCCGGCUCCCUCAGCCCGCCCGCUCCAGCGGAUCAGGGACCGGCAGGAGACACGGCUGGGCGGGAAGAUGAUUUUUAACUCCCUCCCGGGGAAGCGGGGCCAGCGGCGAGAAGGACAGGGAAGGCAGGAAAAAAUUAAGGAAAAAGCGGUCCCCGGGCCCAAAAGCGCUUCCCGUCCGUGACCCCUGGUCAUGCGUCACUUCCCGGCGGCCGUUCGAGCGCGGAGCCCGCGGCCGUGAGGGGAGCCCGGGCUGGGACGCGCGCGGGGUCUGUCGCCAGGCGGGGACCAGCUGCCAGGUGACUCCUGUUUGUCCCCAGCCGGUGUUUGUGACAGGUUUCACUUCUUGCGGGUGCUGCUGCUGGCUGGUGGCAUCGUGCGCUCAGGGGCUUUCCAUCUUCUGUUGAGCAAAGCUGUGCAGUGGACGUGCAUGAAAGAGCCUGGUACUCAUCACGGUACUUUCAUCUGCUGCUGAAUGUUCCAGGGGCCCAAGCAUGGCCAGUGCUCUCCAGGAAACAACUGCACUCGAAGCUUCUCAGUUAGAGGAUGUUGAUGCUAAGCUGUCCUUCCUACCUGAAAGACUGAGAAAGAAGCUGCUUCCUUUUCAGGAAAAGGGCAUCAUAUUUGCACUUCAGAGAAGUGGCAGGUGUAUGAUUGCUGAUGAGAUGGGACUAGGAAAAACAAUCCAAGCAAUUGCCAUUUCAUAUUACUAUAAAAAUGAAUGGCCUCUCUUAAUUGUAGUGCCUUCCUCCCUGAGAUACCCUUGGGUGGAUGAGAUGGAGAAGUGGAUUCCAGAACUCUCUCCAGAUGACGUUAGCAUCAUUCAGAACAAAACUGAUAUUGGGGGAAUAUCAACGAGCAAAGUAACAAUUCUGGGGUAUGGGCUGUUAACAUCUGAUGCACAGACUUUGGUAGACACUUUGUACAGGCAGAACUUCAAGGUGGUUGUGAUUGAUGAGUCACACUACAUGAAAUCCAGAAACGCCACCCGUAGCAAGAUUUUACUGCCAAUUGUGCAGAAAGCCCUCAGAGCUGUUCUCCUUACUGGAACUCCUGCUCUAGGAAGACCUGAAGAGCUCUUCAUGCAGAUUGAGGCGCUGUUUCCAAGAAGGUUUGGAACUUGGAAUGAAUAUGCUAAAAAAUACUGUGAUGCUCGUGUCAGGUUUUUUGGUAAAAGAAGGCAAUGGGAUUGUAGAGGAGCUUCAAACUUAGAGGAACUACACCAACUUUUAAGUGAAAUAAUGAUCAGAAGACUGAAGAAUGAUGUCCUCACUCAGUUGCCUCCCAAAGUCAGGCAACGUAUUCCAUUUGACCUCCCACAAGCUGCAGCAAAGAAUCUGAAUGCCACUUUUGCAGAGUGGGAGAAAUUAAUGAGGAGUCUGAGUUCAGAUGCCACUGAAAGCCACUUUUCUCAAGUGAUGAGUCUGAUCACACGCAUGUACAAGGAAACAGCCAUUGCCAAGGCAGGAGCAGUCAAGGACUACAUCAAGAUGAUGCUUGACAAUGACAAACUGAAGUUCCUUGUGUUUGCCCAUCACCUGAGCAUGCUGCAAGCCUGCACAGAGGCAGUGAUAGAGAGCAAGGCUCGCUACAUCCGGAUAGAUGGGAGUGUUCCCUCUGCAGAGAGGAUUCACCUCGUCAAUCAGUUCCAGAAGGACCCCGAAACCCGGGUUGCUAUUUUGAGUAUUCAGGCAGCUGGUCAGGGUUUGACAUUCACUGCUGCCACUCACGUGGUGUUUGCUGAGUUAUACUGGGAUCCAGGCCACAUCAAGCAGGCCGAGGACAGAGCGCACCGCAUCGGGCAGUGCAGCUCCAUCAACAUUCACUUCCUCAUCGCCAGGGGAACCAUGGACACGCUCAUGUGGGCCAUGCUCAACCGCAAGGCCAAAGUCACAGGCAGCACCUUGAAUGGCAAGAAAGAGAAAAUGCAGGCUGAAGAAGGUGAUAAGGACAAAUGGGAUUUUUUGAGUUUUGCUGAGACCUGGACCCCAAAUGAAAGUCUGGAAGAUCCCCAAAAUGGACUUUUAUUUACUCAUUUUGAAAAGGACAAACAGCAUGACAUACGUUCCUUCUUUUCCCCCAAAUCCUCCGUGGAGAAGAAACGCAAAAGAUUUUCUGGUGAUGAAUUGUUACAUAAUGAUUCAGAAUCUUCUGCAGUCCCAAAAGAAGAGGAUGCAGAGAAGAGCGAUGAAAACCUGGAUUCCACAAGGAUAAGUGAGGUGGAGACAAUUUGUGAUGAAGAUACUCAUGAACAUGAACCCAAGAGAGCAAAGAGCUCAGGUGGAUGGACCCCAAGCAGCUCCAGUGAUAAAAAGAAAACAUCUUUGACUGGAAAAAAGCCUUCUUUGUUUUCAGAAAAAACCAGUGAACUCCAUCCUUGUGGCUUAAACACUUCAAGUGAAAGUACAGCUUUAAGUAAAGUUUGGCACUGCAGUGCUUGCACUUACAUUAACAAUGCUCUGCUGCCUUACUGCGAGAUGUGCCAUUGCCCCCAGAGCAGGGAAGGUGAGAGAUGUGGUGAAGCUCCCAGGAGCCAGACUGAGGAGGGAGUGUCAGAGCAGCCCAGGAGAGAUGCAGAGAGAGCAGAGGACAGUGCUGAAGGCAGAAGAGGAAAUUUGGGGGAAUUGGGGGCCCAGCAAUCUCUUGAAAUCAGAGAACAGGAAACUGUUGGCACUGAAAAUGAAGAAAGUGAAAAAGAAUGUGGAGAAGAUAAAUCAGACACAUUCCAAAUAUAUGAUGGGCUUAUGUUUUGUGCAAGCAGGCAUACUGAUAGAAUCCACCUCUAUACAAAGGAUGGUGAACCACUGAAUCAUAAUUUCAUUCCAUUGGACAUACAGCUGGAUAACUGGGAAGAUUUACCAGAAACUUUCCAGAAUAAAAAAAAUCGUGCGUUGAUCCUGAGGUUUGUGAAAGAGUGGACUCAUCUAACAGCAAUGAAACAGAAGAUUGUCAGAAAAAGUGGUCAGCUAUUCUGUAGUCCCAUUCGUGCUGCAGAGGAGCUGUCUAAAAAGCAGUCGGUGGGUGGCAGCACAAAGAGGUAUGUGACCAGGGAGGACGUGGCAGCAGCUGCGCUCUCCAAGGCCAGCAGCAGCGGGGGCAGCGUCCGCCUCAUCUCCAGAGAAAUGGGGGCUUCUCCUCAACCAUCCACAAAACUGCUUUCAGAAACUGGAGAUGAUCCCUCAGCCCUUGCUCCAGGGCAGAUGGAGGCUGGAAGCUGCUCCCUGUCCAGAGGGUACCUGCAGGCCCUGGACAAGCAGGGGACCCCGCUGUGUCUGAGCUGCCAGCAGCCCACGGCUCAGCCCGCGCCCGGCUGCCCGGCCUGGGACACGCGCUUCUGCUGCCACGCCUGCCAGGAGGACUUCUCCAUCCGCUCCAGCCAGAGCUACCUGCGCUCCAGGGUGUUCCAGGUGGAGCACGGCGUGUGCCAGCGCUGCCAGCACAACGCCCACGAGCUCUACCUCAGCGUCAGGGACGCGCCCGGGAGCCGGAGGAAGGAGCUGCUGGAGAGCUCCUGGAUGUCUCACCUUCCCCUGGGGCAGCUGAAUGAGAUGAUCCGGAGCCCGGUGGAGGGGCAGUUCUGGCAGGUGGACCACAUCCGGCCCGUGUACAGCGGAGGAGGACAGUGCUCCCUGGAGAACCUGCAGACCCUGUGCACAGCCUGCCACAGGGAGAGAACUGCACAACAGGCCAAGGAAAGAAGCCAGCUGAAGAGAAGGUCUUUAGCUACAAAGUAUGGCUGUGAUAUCACCAAAUUUUUUGUGAAGAAGUAAAAUGCACAAUACAUUCAGGUACAUUGUAACUGUGAAACCAACAGUGUUUUCCUCUUGCACUGAUUUAACAAAUUUCUGUAUCAUGCUGUUGGUACAGAGAAGAAAAUAAGGAAUUAAACCAAUCAAAUCAUCUGUACAUUGAAAAUACCUGAUCAUCACGGUUUUAUAUGGCCUUGGUUUGAAGCUGAAUUUCUGUGUGUAACUUCAAUGCCAUUCUGAAACAAGUUUCCUCUUGUAGGGUAGUUAAUUCUGCAAGAACUUAAGGAAUUUCUGCUGGUGGUAUUGCAGGGUUCAGUGGUAUUGAGAACUUCAUGGACCUAGAAGAUGUCUUCGUUUUAAUUCUUUUUGUUGCUGACGUACCAAAACCACAGAACAAAACACAGUGAUUAUGACAAAAGCUAGCACAAGUGAUUUCUCUCCUCCAGUGCUGCUCACCCACCCAAGGCUGACUCUUGGCAUGGACCUGACUUACAGCACUCUGGCAUUUCAAAUUGAUGUCAGCUGAAUUCCAGUUUUACUUAAACCAGCUUGUAGUGAAAUGUUACUCAGGAUACGAAACAUUAAAUAUUAGCAAUUACCUCAUCAAAGGUAGUUUCUGGGAAAUGCUACAGUCAAAUUCUCCUUAAUGAGAUGGCAGAGAUGCUGGUAAUUUUGGACUGCUUACCUGGCUUGCUUUACAGUUACUUUAAAUAAAUACAGUUCUUUCUCCUGGUGCUUUUUAAUGCUCUGUCUCUCCUCACUUCUUGAAUGCUGAGUUGUAAGCUCAUAAAGCAGAGCUGUGCACAGUACAUCAUCUGACAGUGCAAGGCGGCAACUUUGACUACAGCUACUUAAAAUAAGCUUGAGUUAUCCUUCUGAGAAAAAUACUUAAAAGUUGUAACUCUUGAACAGAGAAAAAGACUGUUUAAGACAAGGUAGUUGCAUGAGUGCACCAUUUGCUACAGUCACACUAACAGGCCUUUAGCUGUGGUGUCUGAGUAUGAUCAAGGAAUCACCUCUCCAGCAGUUUAAAGGAUCAGGCAGGAAGAGCCUGAUAACCAAGCAUGAGAAACUUUCAAUUUCUACAGUCUUGACAAGAGGCCACACUGCAGUGUAAUAUUUCAUUAGAGAGGAAGAAACCAAGAGCGUUGGGGAAGCUGAACCGAAAUUUUACUUGUCAGUAAAUCAGGAAGUACCUGGGGUAAUGAAUUUUAAAGAAGCCACAGUUAAACAGCAGCUACAUUGUACUUACCUGAUGUCUGAGGAAACACACCAACAGCCUGGAAAACAAGGUCUGUGACAAGGUUUUACGGAAAAAUCUAUUUCUACUUCAUAGAACUUUAUGUGAGGAAAAGACUCUGAUCCCUGUCCCCU